CCUGCUUCCGGCCGGCGGGGCGGCAGAGAGGGGCCGGGGCGGCAGAGAGGGAAGGCGCUCCGCGGGCGGAGGCGGGGCCGCGGCCGGGGUCUGCUCCGUGCCGUCGCCCCGCGCCUGCUGGGCGCUCGCCGGGCUCGGGGCGGCGGCAGGAUGUCAUCACCUUGCCAUACCUCUGCUGUGCUGGUGGUCUUUAUGGCACUUGCUGUUGGUGUGGGGGCUGAACCAUUGAAAGAGCAGAGCUGCGAUGUGGUCGGUGAUGAGAGCAGUGAGUCACAGAUGGAAAAAGCCCUGCUGAAGAAACUGGAACCCCUGAGCCAAAUAAGGUUUAACACAACUGUGGAGAUAGGCGCAGCAGAAAACUACACCUACCAGUUCAGGGUGUGCAGGGAGGUCGACAGCAGCUUGCAUGAUUUUGCUGGCCUAGUACAAAAGGAUAGAAAGACUGGAAAGACUACAGUAAUAGGAAGAAUCAAUGAAACCCAGGUCUUCAAUGGAAGUGACUGGAUCAUGCUGAUUUAUAAGGGGGGUGAUUCAUAUGGUAGGCACUGCAGUGGUGAGAAGAGAAGAGCUGUGAUAAUGAUUUCUUGCAAGCGGGGAGUUACAGCGAGUUCAUUCAGCAUUGUUUCGGAAGAGCGUGAAAAGGAGCAGGACUGUUUCUACCUCUUUGAGAUGGACAGCAGCGUGGCUUGUCCAGCUGAGGAUUCCCACCUCAGUGUUGGCUCCAUUCUACUAAUCACAUUUGCUUCGGUAAUUGCGGUCUACAUUGUUGGCGGGUUCCUCUUCCAGCGCCUUGUAGUGGGAGCAAAAGGCAUGGAGCAGUUUCCUCACUUUGCCUUCUGGCAAGAUCUGGGCAAUUUGGUGGCGGAUGGCUGUGACUUCGUAUGCCGAUCUAAGCCCCGAAAUGCACCAGCUGCAUAUCGUGGUGUGGGCGAUGACCAGCUGGGUGAGGAGUCAGAAGAACGGGAUGACCACUUGCUACCAAUGUGAUGGGCUUUCAACACUGAACUCUCUUCUCCCCAGCGCUUGUUUAAUCAGAUGCUUCCCAGCCAGUUCUUUCACUUCUGAUUUUCUUUCUACGAUUUGCUUUUGCUGCCUCUGGUAUGUCAAAUCUCUUGGAUGCCUCUGGGUGUGAACAGCACUGGUCCCUGAUCAUGUGUCUUAUGAAUGUAAUGCUGUUUUUCUUCAAAAAAGCAGCAGAGCUGGUGGGGGGCAAGUGCAGAGAGCUGAGAAGACUCAGGAAUAAAAGAUUAGUCAGAGGAAAAAAAUAGAGCCAUGGAUAGGUGUAGGAAGGGAAAGGAGGCAGUGGGCUAAAGCAACUGAGGCUGCAGGGGAGGGGGUAUUUUCCUUUUUUCCUCCUAGGGUUUACAGGAUCUGUAAGACACUGGAUUUUUUUUCUUUGAAUGCAUUUUCAGCUUUUGUAGCUUCUGCACUGUUACACACAGUUUCUGCCAGCAUAACCUGCACAGAGUGCUCUAUGCCGGACUUGCUGAGGAUGGAACAGGCAUUAUCACCCCUGCAAUCCUUUUUUCCUAAUGGCAGCGUGUUGAAAAGUACACACCCAUUUCUUACAACUGAUGUCAAGAGAUGUAUAUGCCAUCCUCUCAAACCAGAGAGGGACAAUGCUAAAAAUAAUAUAUAUAGGAAUCCAGUACUGUCUCAUGACUUUCCAGUUCAGCUGAAAUAUUGUCAGUCUUCUCUGUCAUGGAGAAUAAAAAGGUAAUGAUGCCCUGCUAAGUAAAAGGGGCAUUUGCUUAAAGUGAAAUCCUCAUCAAGGGAAAAUGAGAAGGUUAGAGGUAGCUGCCACUUGAGUUCUGUUACAAGUCUGUCCAAGGUUAACUGCCCCUAUAGCUCAGUUAUUGUCAGAAUUUCCUUACACACUACGGUUCCUUGUUUGGCAAAGGGCUUACCUGUGAAGCUACCGAAACUUAUAAAGGAACCAUGGAAGCCAAGGGUAAAAAUGCAAACACAUUCAAAACUGUGUUCAGGGACUCCUGUGCUUACAGCAUCAGCUUUGUAAGCCGUUGUCCCCUUAAGCAUGGUCCAAACCAGUCUAAAGAUAUUUGCCCUGUGCAAAUGGUACUUGCAUGCUGCUGCUGGCUGGGAGUGAGAGAACCUUCCCCUUGGGCACUAGUGAAAAGUAGGUACAGCUAAGUUGUAAGACUUAAUUGGAGCCUUUAGGAACUUGGCACCUGGUUCCUAAUUGCCUUCUAUGUGAGGAGCUAGACUCUACACAAUCCUGUUCUGCCAUACUGUAGGUUGGCAGAGAACCAUCUUCAGUCUUGAGGGUGGAGACUGUGAAUGAGCAAGCCACUUCUGCUUUUAGCACAGACAAGGUUUGUAUAUUUGUGUACUGCCAAAGCAGAGGUGGCAGUAGGGGCAAAAGAGGCGCCCUGCUUUCUUGCUGGGUUGAGUGGACAAACAAUUCCUGCUUUCUUUGAUUUUUGUUACGGUCUCAAUCUUUCUCAUAACAUUGAAAAAAUAGGAAGUCACUAAGCCUAUUGUUUUUCAUGGUGGUGUGUAAGGUAUUUUUUUUUGUACAAAACACAACUUUCAAAAAUAAAAUGACC